AAAGUAAACAGAUUUUCGACAGUCACCCAAACGCACCAUCGAGUUCUCGCGUUUUUGCGACGCGUGCGCUUCCGUUGAUCUUUCCGGGCGCAGCAUUUACAACAUGGCUGACGUGACAGCGGUGGACGGAGGAAAACUCAGCAAAAAGUGUGUUCGCUGACUGUGGUAGCUCAGCAUGCUGUGCCUGGUCAGGGCAGCCAGCCAGCAGCUGUGCCAAGCCUUUGGGGUCAGGGGACAGUGGUUAAAAUGUGCACCCCCAUGUACAGCUGCAGUCCCAGCUCAAAUUUACGGGCACCGUUGGAGAGGUGACAAAAGUGAGCUGAAGAGACGAAUGAAAGCUGAUAAAAAGGCAGCUGAGAAAGAAGCCAAGGUCAAAGAGCAGGUGGAGCAAAAGAAGGAAUCCAAUGACCAGGGAGCGCAAAAUGCAUGUGGGUUGGAUGAGGAGACGCUUGACCCAAAUCAAUACUUCAAGAUCCGCUCCCAGGCCAUCCAGGACCUGAAGGGCACAGCGGAGGACCCGUACCCACACAAGUAUCAUGUGGACUUGUCACUUACAGAGUUCAUCGAGAAAUACAAUCAUCUACAGCCUGGAGACCAGCUGACUGACGUUGUUCUCAAUGUGUCAGGCCGCAUCCAUGCCAAGAGGGUUUCUGGUGCCAAGCUGCUUUUCUAUGACCUGCGAGGUGAAGGCGUCAAGUUGCAAGUCAUGGCGAACUCAAGGAACUACAAGUCUGAGGAGGCCUUUGUGGCCAUCAACAACAAACUGCGCCGCGGUGACAUUAUCGGUGUCCGUGGUAACCCAGGGAAGACAAAAAAAGGGGAGUUGAGCAUCAUUCCCAUCGAGUUGACCCUACUCUCACCAUGUCUGCACAUGUUGCCCCACCUCCACUUUGGCCUCAAAGACAAGGAAACACGAUUCCGCCAGCGCUACUUGGAUCUGAUUCUCAAUGACUACGUGAGGCAGAAGUUUAUAACUCGCUCCAAAAUCAUCACGUACCUGCGCAGCUUCCUGGACCAGCUGGGAUUUUUAGAGAUUGAGACGCCAAUGAUGAACAUUAUCCCUGGUGGAGCAGUGGCCCGUCCAUUUGUUACUUACCACAAUGAGCUGGAUAUGAACCUGUUCAUGAGGAUUGCGCCUGAGCUCUACCACAAGAUGCUAGUGGUUGGUGGAAUAGACAGAGUGUAUGAGGUUGGCCGUCAAUUCAGGAAUGAGGGCAUCGACCUUACUCAUAAUCCAGAGUUCACCACCUGUGAAUUCUACAUGGCAUAUGCAGAUUACCAUGACCUGAUGGAGAUCACAGAGAAACUACUCUCAGGAAUGGUGAAGCACAUCACUGGAGGAUACAAGGUGACUUACCACCCUGAUGGUCCGGAGGGACAGGCCUAUGAGAUCGACUUCACUCCACCAUUCAGAAGAGUGAGCAUGACGGACGACCUGGAGAAGAUUAUGGGAGUCAAAUUCCCUCCUACUGACAGCUACGACAGUGAUGAGACACGUAAAUUCUUUGACGACCUGUGUGCACAGAAAGGAGUUGAAUGUCCUCCACCUAGAACCACUGCCCGCCUCCUUGACAAGUUGGUUGGAGAUUUCCUUGAGGUUACCUGUAUCAACCCCACAUUCAUCUGUGAUCACCCUCAAAUCAUGAGUCCCCUAGCAAAAUGGCACAGAUCACAGAAAGGCCUAACGGAGCGUUUUGAGCUCUUUGUGAUGAAAAAGGAAAUCUGCAAUGCUUACACUGAGUUGAAUGAUCCAGUUAGACAGAGGGAGCUUUUCGAGCAACAAGCCAAGGCCAAAGCUGAGGGUGACGAUGAAGCCAUGUUCAUUGAUGAAACCUUCUGCACAGCACUGGAAUAUGGACUGCCACCAACUGCCGGCUGGGGGAUGGGCAUUGAUCGUCUCACCAUGUUCCUCACUAACUCCAACAACAUCAAGGAAGUGUUGCUCUUCCCCGCCAUGAAGCCUGACGAUAAUAAGACAUCAGCGCCCACAGAGGGCACCUCCGUCUAAUGACAUGACCCCUGACCUCUCGUGCUGGAGCCUUUUACCUCACUGUGGUCAUCAGUGGAGCCUGCAGGUUUUGUGUGUUAUCAAUAUUAUUGUUUGUUUGAUCCUUGUUGUCAUUAAGGGAAAUCAUCUUGUCUCAGUUACAUGGUCAACAAUUUCUUACAUUUCUGCGAUCACAUUUGCUGUGUCUUCCUCGUUUGACUGUAAGGAGACAUUUUAAUCCUUAUUGUCAUCCAGACAGUAAAUGUGACAGUGUAUUUGAUCAGGAAGUCAUGUUGUAUGUAGACCUGGAUGAAAUAUUUUUGAAUAUACCUAGAGAUUCUUCAAGGGGUGCUUGAUCCUGGCUACCAAAUACACAGAGGAGUUACACCACAUAAUAACAAAACUCUAGCACCUUUCAAUGUUUUAAGUGUUCUCAGAAUAUUCAUCUAUUUUUACCAGGUCUGCUAGAAUUCCUUGUCUGAGAGUUUUCAAGAUUGUUUCCACAAUAUUCCUCUGCCAAGAAGUUUAAACAUAGGUAUGUCUGAAUAAAUUGCAUAUGACUCUA